AUGGGGAAUUGUCAAGCUGCGGAAGCCGCUACGGUUGUGAUUCAACACCCUGGGAACAAGAUCGAGAGGAUUUAUUGGUCGCUUAGCGCACACCAGGUUAUGGACUCUAACCCUGGUCAUUAUGUUGCACUUGUCGUGACCUCAUCUACUCUUAAGUCCGAAAAUGGCACGCCAAUGAAACAACUUAAGCUUCUCCGACCCGAUGAUACUUUGCAUAUUGGCCAGGUUUAUCGCUUGAUCAGUUUCGAAGAUGUGUUGAAGGAGUUUGCUUCCAAGAAAUGUGGCAAACUUGGGAAAUUGCUCAAGGAAACAGGGGGUCAUGGGAUUCAGAUGAAGCACAGAGAUUCUAGAGCUCCAAAUCCUAACCCAACUUCCAAAUCUGAAUAUGGUUCCAAUAAGGUAAUUAAGUUCCAUGUUCUCGCUUUGCGUCAAGUGAAAGUGAUCAAGUGGUUUGAAAGAGCCACUCUUGCUUACCCUGCCAAUUUGUCGAACAAGAGAUUCAACGAAUGGAGUGCAAUGGCAGCAGUAGCAGCAGCAGUAACAAAGGUGUUGGAAGGCAUUUCGUUGGUUCUGGUGGGCAAUGGAGGCCAGCCUUACAGAGCAUUGCAGAAAUUGGAACUUGAACGAACUAUUACCCCAACUCCCAUGAAUAAACCAUGCAGAGCAACAACAGCAACAACCCUUCCUUUUAUUUCACUCUUUCCAAUGCAUCCACAUUACCCUCCUCAUUCAUCAAUAAUUGAAUGUCCCACUGCUGUUCAGAGCUUCUCCAGUUUUGCAUUAAACUUGGGGAAUAUUGAGGUUGUGUGUGGUCCCAUGGUUCUUGAUCUAGAUAUUGUCUAUAUGUUUCAUCAACAUGUUUGGGCACUUCAAUUUGUUGUUUAUUGGGGAGUAGAGUUCAAUAGCGAGGUGAAGACUACGGUCUUCUAUUCUGGUGACGGCACCAUGAUGCACACUAAUCUCUGCUCCCAAAUGAUGCACACUCCUCCACACCCUCAAGGUCUCAUAUGUUUUGAUAUGGGUUUGUCCAUCACUUUGAUAUGCACGGUGGCGUUUGAGCGCGAGAGCGAGAGGGAGAUGAGUGCUUCGUAA